CAGCUAGUUCCAGAUUUAUCAUUUUCAAACUCCUUUCACCGCGUGUGCGUUACCAUCAGGUAUAAAAAUCUCCACGCAAUGGUGUUAUCACCAGUCCGAUCUUGAAAUUAGUUCAAACACCAUGUACAAAGCAGCACACGUUGCCAUUGUUGUCACACUCGCCUUGGGUGUGACCGACGCCCGCAUCAUCUCAACAAAAAAAAGUGACGACUCCCUAACCCCAGAACAGUCCUCGAAAAAAUGGUCUUUUGCCAAUCUGGACCAACAGCAAACCAGCGAAUUGGAAAAACUGAUCAAGCAAAGUUUGGAAAACAUUUUCAAGAAUGAAGAAAUUGGGCAAAAUAAGGAAGUCGAUGUGGAAAUCACUGAAACGAAGCCUGAAGUUGAUGAGGAGUUUUCGUCGCCUCAUAUUCUCAAAGUUCCGGUUCCGCAACCGUAUCCCGUGCACAUUCCGGUUAAGCAGCCCUUCACGGUGCCCAUUUUCAAGCUAGUACCGGAGGAAGUGGAGAAGAAGGUUCCCAUCACUGUGGAAAAACUUGUGCCGAAUUACAAGGAGAAGCCGGUGCAGAUUAUCGUGGAAAAGCACCAUCCGGUUCCGGUGUACAAGCCCUACGUGGUCCCGGUGGCCGUCAACACGCAUAUUUUGCUGCCGAAGAAGAAGGAGGAGAAGAGGUGGUACUAGGUGUGUUAGGCUCUGUUGUAAAUUAUUUUUUGUUGUUACGUUUUUUGUUAAUAAAAGUUUACAAUAUU